CGAUAGUGGUGAAUGGUGGUGACUGGUGAGUGGACUGCCUGACUGGUCAAUCGGGGUUGCGCAAUUUGAAAUAUUUUGAACUAGCCGAUCCCGCUUUGUUCAUCUCUCCACAAAACAACACCGCCGCCGGCAACCCUCACCAAAUCGCCAACCGGAGGUAUUAAAGAUGAGCUCACCUGUCUCCUAUACAAUCGGCGACAAGGACCUCGACGAUGCUGCACUCUGGGCAGUGAUCGACUCCGCCGAAGCCUCCCGCAAGCAGCUCACCACCGUCAAACACCGCAGCUUCCACUCUCCGAUCUCCAAGCCCUCGCCGCCGCCGCCUUCGAAACCUCCACCGAGCUCCAAAUAUUACUCCAAUGCCAUUUCCCCUUACUCGGAUCCCUGUCGCAGCAGGCCUCAGAAGAUGGCCAGAACCUGCACCUCGGAGGCGAGCGAGAGGACGAGUCCGCUCGCUGUGGUCAGGGCGCCGGUUGCUACCACGACGGCGUACUCCUCUCCGGAGGCGUACUUGUCCCCACAGAUCGGGAGGUAUAUCGUGAAUGAUCUUGGCGAUGACAGAUCUGACGUGUCUCCCGGAAGCUGCAUUCGGCAGCAGCACGGCGAGGAGAGGGAUCUUGUGCGGCAUUGCUUGAAUUUGAAGUUCCCUUCGGUUUCUCUGUUCAAGGACUACCAGAAUGCGGCUAUGGCGAUUCUGGAGAAGUCUGAUUACAUGACGAUUUCAGGACACCCGUUCAUCAAGAAGUCUGGUUGGAGGAAGAUAUCGUGUUUCUUCAACCUAUCCUUUGAAAUCAAAGAUAAGAGCAUCGAAUUCGACGAAAACCGAAAUGUCCAGCGAGCUGAGUUCGUUGUUCGAGCUUAUAUGCAGGGUGGAAGGUUUUCUGAUGGGUGGGGCUCAUGUGAAAAGCGUGAGAAGCGGUUCUUGAAACCAAAUCAUGACAUCCCUAGCACAGCAGAAACUCGGGCAAAGAACAAAGCUUCCCAGGACCUGCUUGGAAUUGGAGAGUAUCGGCCCGGUGCAGGCCAAUCUCACGAAUAGCGAACUUAGUCAGUCCCCUCCCCAUUUCGCCUCUUUGAGCGGCUAGCUAGUCAACAAUGUUACUUCAAUCACCAUGUAACAGGGGAGAGCAGUACCACAAAAGCCAAAAGAUAGGAGGUUUUGAUACGUCUACGACUCGUAUACGUUAUGUCGACUGGUGGUCGAGUAAGGAGUGAGUGAGCCUUGUUGUUAGUUGCCCCCGCAACAUUCCUUUGCCUUUCGAGCAAGUUAACAGAACGGAUGGAUGGAUGCAGUAGUCAUGUUUAGAAAAUAGAACGUGAUUAAGAAAGGGACAACAGCCGGGUCCUGAUAAAGGACACUGAAGUGAAAUUGGAGAAUAGCGAAGUGGUGCAGCAAAAGGCAAAGGACAUGUUGAAUCUUGGUUGCCAGUGGCCUGUGGGAAACUGGCAGCGAGUUGCUAGUUUGGGCAACAAAUGGAACGAGUUCAUUUAACAAAAUGAUUUCCAUUUUCAGUAUAUUUCGGGAAUUUUUUUUUUCACAUAUCUAUUGUUCCCCUUAAUAUUAGCAACCUACUUAAAUAACUGAAUAGCUAUUUGCCGCCCGUAUAUUUACUAUUUGCCGCCCGUAGUUAAAAAUAAAAAGUCGAUUUUGCCCUUCGAUAAAUUAAAACCUAAUGAAAUACCCAAACCUUUUGCUGCCGCCGUGUCUUGACUUGGAAUCAUUGGCCGAAUUUGGCUGCCGUCGUUGAGGAGAAAGGAACUUAUCGGCCAGGUCUCUAAAAAUGGAAUUGCCGGCCUCAUCUUCCUCUUUUUUCUUCCUCGAAUCCCGACUACGAUUAAGCCUCACCUUCCUCUCUUUUUUCCCUGCUAUUCCCGGCGAGGAUGGGUGGUUCGACAAUCAGACGGGGAAGUGUGGUCGUCGCCGGCGUACAGACGGAGAUGAGUGGUCCGACGCAUGCAAUCGGACGGGAUCCGCCUACCGGCGACGGACAGGGUCCGCCCUCUCACGUCGGACGGGGUCCACUCGUCGGCGACGGACGGGGUCCGCCCUCUCACGUCGGACGAGAUCAGCUCGUCGGCGUCGGACGGGGUCCGCCCUCCGACAUCGGACCGGUGUCUUGCUCACGAUUUCCGGCGUCGAACAUGUCGCCGGUGACUAUUUCUUUCCCCCAAAUUCUCGAAUUAAAUACCAAAAUUCUC